AUGCGAUUUCUUGAUGAGAUGGAAAUCAAAGCUCGUGAAUACGAAAAAAGCGUAACCGAAAUGGUGGACGGCCUCCACACCCUCCCCCGAAUCCACGACUUUACUACUGACGACGCGCUAUACGGUGGGGCUACCGUGUACGCAGAUGUGGCAGAUUGGUCAGUGUUCCCGAUGAUGUUCAUCGACUUUCUGAUGAUAAUGCUGAUAUGGACGAUACUGCUACUAGUGAAUCGGGAUUAUAUCCAUGUUUUCUUCGGGCUGUUGAAUUCUUUAUUUAGCGCACAUUUAUUUUGUCAAUUUACGUAUACUGUGCUGUUUAUGUUUAUGGGAUGGAACGCGACCAAUUUCCUCUAUCUUACUUUUAUCCUAAACCGCACAGUCACCCUAUUUCUUGGAACUGGCUCCGUGGCCCUCAUCCUAAUUGGCCUAGCAACCCACUUGAACCGACGCCCACCAAGAAAGUUUGAAUGGAAGAUAUAUCUACCAUUACUGGCGAUGUCGGCCCUUUUCUCGUUUGCCCUCCUUCAAGAAGUGCCGAGGCGCUUCUGGCAUUGGAUGGCUGUCUGCUUCGAGAUUUUCGCGCUGAUUUUUGCGUCCAACAUUUUGUUCUUGACCAUCCUACUGGCGCCAUGUCGGAAGGAUGCCAAAAGCAACCUGGUCGGACUGUUCUUCUACCAGAUAUUCGUGGUAUCAGCUUUGUUGACGGCUGAUGUUGCCAGCAUUUCGGCAGUCGCAGCAAUUUCCAAAUUCACUGAAGUUGCGCAGUGUACCCUGAGCAAAGCCCCCGCCCUCCAAUUCCCAUGUGGCGACAUUUUCUUCCUCGUGGACAACUCGUACUUCAUACGUCCUUUUACGGUCUACUUACCGGCAAUCCUGUUUCUGCCCUCGUUAAGGAAAAAUUUGCCCUGGCGAAUCUGGGGUAAGCCGGCGGAACCGGAAGUGCCCGAAGAAGUGUUGCGGAAAAGGACUGAUCACCGCGUCCCUUCCGAAACAAUGAGUGAA